CCCUUUGAUGGAAUUUAUAAAAUUUUAAAUUUUUUUACUUAUUUUAUUUUUCCCUCUGAAUUAAUAAAAACAAAACACAGCCAAAAACAACGCAACCCUAAUGCGAACCGAAGGCCUCCGCAGUCUCUUCCCCUUCCUUUUUCUCUUCUCCUUGGCUCCUAAUCGAGGUCCCUCCGCACUCUUACUUUGGGGCCUUUGCUCGACCUCGCUCCCUCAAUCUCUCUGCUUCGCCACCACGGAGGUUGAUUUCGGCCACCAUAAGCCUUAUCUUCUGAUUUUGCCCAAUCCAAGUUGUGACCAUCAAAGCUAUUUCCACCCACACGGUAAGCAUCUUACAAAUCUACUAUGAUCAAAGCCUUCCUUGUGUCAACCACAAUGAAACCUAUCUACUUUCCUAUUAUUCUGGCCACUUUUUCAGUAACUCCUAAUUUCAAAUCUCGUCAAGUGCAACACCGAAAGAUUGUUGCAUAUCUCAAAUCUAUUAGAUAGAACUACUAUUGUAAUUUUUAUUUCCAUUUUUAUUUAGGGAUUGCAUGUUCUUUGGAUUUGAGAUUGUGUGGAUGUACUGUUGGUAUUCAAAGCCAUUGUAUUUUGCUAAGAGAUUGGUAGCACCAGGGUACAAAGCCAUUGUAUUUUGCUUUGAAAGCUGUGUUGAAUAUUCAAUCUCAAUAUGUUAAUAACUUGGUGUUGUAUCUGCUGAUGAACAGUGGUCUUGACAAUCAAGGUCUGAAGGGUUUUUUGCCAAAUGACAUUUCCAAACUUCAUAAUUUGCAAAUCCUUUGAGUUUCUUCUCCUACAAUAAUUGUUGAAAGAGCAGGGUCCUUUGCUUGGGCACAUAAAAGCUGGAGAGUUUGAGAGGAGUUUACACAAAAUGUCCCAGCUACAAUUAAUCUAUUUGCAGCUACUGAGCUUCCACUUCAACAAGCUAUCCUCCCCCCUGUUUUGCAAUUGCUUAAUGAUCCAAAUCCUGCUUUAGGGAAGUAGCUAUUUUGUGCAUUGAGGAUGUGGCAAUUGCUUAUGGAUUCAAUGCUAUUAGGGAUCAAGCAGUAGUAGAUAAUAAAGGCUCAAAGAGGCAAUUCUAGCUUGUUCUUUUAAUGAGAAAGACUAUAAGAAAACAACAGUAGCUGCAACAAGGACACUCCAAAUGAUCAAGAAAGCCAAAGAGCUAGCAAUCCUCUGUGCUACACAAGUUGGCCUUGUUAUAUUCUCCAGCACGAGAAAGCUUUAUGAAUAUGCCAGCACCAACUUUACAAAGAGGCCUAUGCUCCUUCUUCACCGACGACUCUAGGGUUUUGCCUCAUAACUCCAGGAUCUCUCUUGCUUUCACAUUACUUCUUCUUCUCGUUGGUUUAGUCUCCCUUUUCACCAUCUUCAAUAAUCUCAAUGCGCCUUACUUGUGUAAAAACGAUGGGAUUGUUCUUCACUGCCCGUAUGUUAAAGAAUCACCAUCACUUUGGGAAAAUCCUUUCUCUUCCACAACAUCUUGGAAGCCCUGUGCUGAGCGCCAGGAUGGUGUUUUACCAGGUGUCAUACCUUCUUUGUUUUAUUCAGAGGAAAAUAGUGGUUCACGACUUCCUUCAGCACAAUCCUAUUGUAGAGGCCACAACCAAUGUUGAAUGCUUCAUCGUGGGGUAGGAAUCACGACGGUUCAGGAUACAACCGAUGUAGAAUGUCAGAAUUCAACAUCGGUCACUCAACCAUCGUUGUGUUUCAACGACAUCAAGCUACAACGAUGCAUGAUAACCGAUGUAGAAAGGUGCCGAUAACCGAUGUAAAAAACUUAUUUUCUAGUAGUGUAUUAUAUUUUAGAAGUCAACACUUUGUUAGUCAUAGAGGACCAUAUAAAGCAACAAUGUUCAUUUGAUAAAAAAAAUAUUUUAAUUCAUCUUUGAUGGAAAAAAGUAUGACUAUUUUUUGUGGUUUUCUUUUUUCCUUUGAUAAUGGACUUGCUGCUAUAUUGCAACAUGAUCAAAGAAAUCAAUAAUCAUAUAUU